AUGGCAGGAGCUCGCAAAGGAGCUCUCGAAAAUGGAGUUAUUAUACAAAUUCAGGAUGUUCAUCAUGAGUAUAUGAAGAAAUUAUCGGAGCUUUCGAAGAUACAAGCAUCAUGUCUCAAAACAAUAAAACAUCAACAUUACAUUAUGGGUAAUUUCAAGGACACUUUAAAAAAGUUUGUUCCUUUUCGCAAAGCCGAAAUCAAUGCUACCACUGCUGACGAAAAAGGAGUUGUCGAGAAUAUUCGAAAAGAAAUGACUGAUGUUCGAGCGAAGUUGAAAUCAAUGGAAUCUGAAUUGCCUGUGCAAAACAACGGAUUUUAUCUUUCACUCAUUUUAGGAAAGAAUCUCAAUUUGUCCUUGUUAACCAAGGAUGACAAGUAUAAAUACAAAACGGAUUACGAGCUGUUCAAAUGGAAAGUGACUCUGGCAAUUUUCGUUGUUGUUAUUCUUUCCUACCUCUUUCCAUGGAGAGUGAUGGAUUCCAUCUGCAAUUUUCUCAUGGUUUGGUAUUACUGUACACUGACCAUUCGUGAAAGCAUCCUCAGAAUUAACGGAUCUCGAAUCAAAGGCUGGUGGGUGGCGCAUCAUUACUUGUCCUGCGUUCUUUCCGGCAUUGUGUUAACAUGGAGAGAUGGGGAAUGCUAUCAAACGUUCCGUCACCAAUUCCUACUGUUCGUGUUCUACAUAGCAUUUUUGCAGCUGCUUCAGUCACAAUAUCAAUCCGGCUGUCUGCGACGGCUUCAUGCCCUCGGCCAAGGACAUCAAAUGGACAUCACUGUUGAAGGAUUCAAGAGUUUCAUGUUCAAAGGGCUCACCUUUUUGUUACCAUUUCUAGUGGCUGGCUAUUUCUUUCAACUCUACAAUGCCUAUACUCUCUGGUACUUAUCUUAUGAUUGUGAAGGACAAUGGCAGGUAUUUGCGCUCUGCUGUAUGUUCUUCGUUCUGGCCGUCGGUAAUAUCACAACGACAACUUUGGUGAUUCUGAAGAAGCUUCAUACUUCGAGCUCCUAUAACUACGUGGUGGGAGUCAAAACCAAAUAUCGGCCAGGCGAAGUCGUUAAGGAGGAAUGA